AUGAACCAUACGCCGGUUCUGACCGCCUUGUUCGGCGUCACGGACGACGCCGGGCCGCCGCUCGGAGCCGCAGAGUUUAUCAAAGAGCGUCUGUAUUUUGCCACGCUACGAAGCAAACCCAAAAGCACGGCCAACACGCACUACUUCUGCACGGACGACGAGUUUGUCUACGAGAAUUUCUACGCAGACUUCGGUCCUCUUAACUUGGCCAUGCUGUACCGAUACUGCUGCAAACUCAACAAGAAACUCAAGUCGUUCACGCUGAGUCGCAAGCGCAUCGUCCACUACAGCAGCUUCGACCAAAGGAAACGCUCCAACGCGGCCGUGCUCAUCGGAGCCUACGCGGUGAUCUACUUGAAGAAAACUCCGGAAGAGGCUUACAGAGCUUUGGUGUCGGGAUCCAACGCCGCCUACCUGCCGUUCAGGGACGCGUCGUUCGGGAAGUGCACCUUCAACCUCGGCGUUCUGGACUGCCUACAGGGCAUCGGGAAGGCGCUCCAGCACGGCUUCUUCGACUUUGAGUCUUUCGACGUGGAGGAGUACGAACAUUACGAGCGCGUGGAGAACGGCGACCUCAACUGGAUCGUUCCGGGGAAACUUCUGGCCUUUAGCGGCCCGCACCCUAAGAGCAAAAUGGAGAACGGUUACCCGCUCCACGCGCCCGAGUCCUACUUCCCGUACUUCCGGGCGCACGGCGUGGCGGCGGUGGUGCGUCUCAACAGCAAGAUCUACGACUCCGGUCGCUUCGCCGACGCCGGAUUCCGCCACUCGGACCUGUUCUUCGUGGACGGGGGCACGCCGAGCGACGUCAUCACGCGACGCUUCCUUGCGCUGUGCGACGCCACGCGGGGCGCCCUGGCCGUGCAUUGCAAAGCCGGUCUGGGCAGGACGGGCACUCUGAUCGGCUGCUAUCUGAUGAAACAUUACCGCUUCAAGGCGCCCGAAGCCAUCGCCUGGAUCAGGAUCUGCAGGCCCGGCUCCGUCAUCGGUCCUCAGCAGCACUUCCUGGAAGAGAAGCAGGCGUGGCUGUGGUCGCUAGGAGACCAGCAGCGCUCCCAGGGGUUAAAGUUCACAGAGGACGAGGACGCCGUGCUCGACCUCGUGUCCGGCGUGGAGCGCGUGACCUUGAACGCGGCGGCCGCGCGAACUUCUUUUGGCUCGCGUGAGCAGCGUGACGGGAGCGAGCGGCUACCGCCGCCGCCGCCUCAGACUCAGGGAGACAAGCUGCGAGCCCUUAAAGGUCGUCGCCCCCUCCGACCCUCCGCCUUCAGAUCGGAGCAGCGCGACGGGGCCGUGGCGCAGCCGAUCAGACUCACUUUGUCCAUCGAGCCCGUUCUAGUCAAAACACGCGUGCGCACUAACUGGCAGUGCGAGAUGCGCGGCAGCAUCAAAACAAAUGCUGGCUCAACGUCAUUCUAG